UAGCAAUAACACGAUAUUUUAAAAUUUAGCAUAUACAAAUAUAAGCCAUGUUCAAGAUAAUCUCGUAUUUCAAGUCGCGACCGAAAAAAUUUGGCGUAAGAUGCUAUCAAAAUCGCCUGCCCACAUGUUCGCCAUCCAAGGCGGACGCCAGGCGGAGCAGCUUUGGAUUCGUUGGCGGUGAUAUUGGCGACCAAAACAUGUGGCAAUCGCGCCCGCGCCAGUUGCAUGUCAAUCCGUUUACCUUCCCCACGACCCACUCAAAGGCGGAACCAGCGACACACGGAAAGGGCGAGUGGGUGGCGGACGAAGGGCCAACGCUCCGCUGGGGCAUCGCACCUGUCAGCCUGAUGGCAGAUGACUUUGCAGCUGCUUUAAGUGUCCUCCCAGAGAAGCACCACCGCAUCGUGUCCUGUGUGGCCGCCUACCAAUCUCACGCUCUCGCCUUCUCCGAUCGCCAUAAGGUGGAUAACGUGUACACCAGCUUCGAGGAUCUGGCCAAGUGCCCGAAUGUAGAUGUUGUGUACAUCUCACCGCUGAAUCCUCAGCACUCGGAGCUCUGCCACCUGAUGUUGAAUCAUGACAAGCACGUUCUAUGUGAAAAACCGCUUUGCAUGACGGAGGACCAGGUGACCAAGUUGCUGGAGAAGGCGCGGGCGAGAGGUCUCUUCCUUAUGGAGGGAAUGUGGCCAAGAUGCGUCCCAGCUUAUCACUACCUGCGGCAUCAGAUUCUGCGUAAUCGUCUUGGAGAACUGCAGACUGUUCAUUGCUCUCUGGGUCUGCCUGUCUCCCAAGGGAGACUGGGACUUUACGGCGGAGUUACCAACGAUUUUGGCGUCUAUGGAAUGCAGUUGGCUCUGUGGGUGUUUCGGGAGAUACCACGUUGCCUCAAGGUAAGCGGCAGGGUCAAUUCCCAGAACGUGGACGUUGCUGCUGAUAUAGAACUUUGCUUCACCCGCGGCAAGAAGGCCUUCAUCGAGGUCAGUUCGGAAAAAAAACUCGACAACUUGGCUAUUGUGAAAGGCACAAAUGGGUCCAUUAAAAUGAACAACUACUGGUGUCCCACCCGUCUGAUCACCGAUGAGGUGGAUUACGAAUUCCCUUUGCCGGGUAGCGACGAAAUGCCACCCACCCACUACCACAAUCGAUUGGGCAUGUGCUAUGAGGCCGAGGAGGUGAGAAACUGCAUCAUGAAGGGCAGCUACGAGAGCGAUGACUUCAGUCACAACGAGAGUUUGCUGCUGGCCAACCUAAUGGAUACCAUCCAUGCAGAACUCGGAGUCGGUGAAUUCGCAAAUCGGACAAAAGUUCCCGAUCUACAGCGGCAUAUCGAGAAUGUGCAGGAUAUAGUCGAAGAUCCGGAAGAGCUGGCCAGCGAGACAUGUCGAGUAGUCCAGGAUGUUAGCUCCUCUGAGGCCCUGCAAGGCAAUCAGCAAGAGGAGGAGGCCCAGUCCAGGUCCAAGGCUAUAGACGCCCCCUAGUAAUAAAAAGUGUGGCAGGUGUUGUACAUUUUAUAAGCUCGAAUCAUAUAUGAUUUCAGAUCAAAUAAAUAGAUAC